GAACAGACUGUAGAUACGCUCACCUACCCGACCUUCUGACGCUCAUCAGUUUGUGAAUCUUCUGCUUUGGUGUGUUUUUUUCUCUUUUUCUGAAGAGAGUUAUUUGUUCCAGAGGAAGAGGCAGGAGUGCAGAAACAGCAGAUGAAUUAAUCCGGCAGAUGACCAUUUCAUAAUCGACCAACAUGUCCAGCGCUAAGAAACACGGGCAGCAGGACCUCAAAGUUGUGGGUGCAGGAAAGAGUGAAUCAGACAACAUAGUGAGACGACUUAUAGCCAAGUUUGAAAAACAGGCAGCAGCCAAUGCAGGUAGAGGGUACACCAACACAGACAAUGAGAUGGAAGAUCUUGAAAGAAGACGGGAUCAUCAACAUUUAGGUGGUGGAAGGUUGACCUCUAAAAUAAGUGGCUCGGGGGAACACAAGACUGAAGAACUUACAAGUCACUUUCAGAGUGAGAGACCAGACUCUCCUGAGCCCAGCUGUGUGUCUAUGAAGAGUGAUGAGUCAAUGGGUAAAGACAUAGCCUUCAAACAGGGAGAGUCUUCACCUGAACUGAGUCACUUUCAGAGUGAGAGACCAGACUCUCCUGAGCCCAGCUGUGUGUCUAUGAAGAGUGAUCAGUCAAUGGGUAAACCCAUAACCUUCAAACAGGGAGAGUCUUCACCUGAACUGAGUCACUUUCAGAGUGAGAGACCAGACUCUCCUGAGCCCAGCUGUGUGUCUAUGAAGAGUGAUGCGUCAAUGGAUAGAGACAUAGACUUCAAACAGGGAGAGUCUUCACCUGAACUGAGCGCCCAAAAGGAGAGAGCAAAGAUCAACAUGACCCCUCUGGAUUCCAUAUUCCAGGAACUGGAGCACAAAGUCAUCUCUCUGGUGAAGAAUCAGCUGAAGAGGUUCAAGAAGGUGCUAAGUCCAGAUUUCUCAGCAUGCUCUGAGAGGGAGGUGGAGGGUGAGGUGGAUCAGACUGUCAGAGAAGGAACACUGCAGAUCACACUGCAUGUCCUGAGGAACAUGAACCAGAAAGACCUCGCCAGCACACUACAAACCAAACUGGCUCCUGCUUGUCAUCAAAAGUUCAAAUCCUCAUUGAAGAAGAAAUUCCACAGAAUUAAUGAAAGAAUCCCAUAUCAUGGAGGCUCAACACUUCUGAAUGAGAUCUACACAGAGCUCUACAUCACAGAAGGUGGGAGUGGAGAGGUCAAUAUUGAACAUGAGGUGAGACAGAUUGAGACAGCGUCCAGGAGACCAGCAACACAGGAGAGACCCAUCAAAUGCAAUGACCUCUUUAAAGACACAGCCGUCAGAACUGUACUGACUAAUGGAGUUGCUGGAAUUGGAAAAACAGUCUCAGUGCAGAAGUUCAUUCUGGACUGGGCUGAAGGAAAAGCUAAUCAGGAUAUCCUCUUCAUAUUUCCACUUCCUUUUAGGGAGCUGAACUCAGUGAAGAGUAGAAAACUCAGUCUAGUUGAUCUUCUUCGUCUCUUUUUCACAGACAUAAAACAAUUAAAACCAGCAGAUUAUUAUCAGUACAAAGUCUUAUUCAUCUUUGAUGGUCUGGAUGAAAGUCGACUUCCUCUAGAUUUCCAGAACAAUGAGAGCUUGUCUGAUGUAACACAGUCAGCCUCAGUGGAUGUGCUGCUGACAAACCUCAUCAAAGGGAAUCUGCUUCCCUCUGCUCUUCUCUGGAUUACCUCUCGACCCGCAGCAUGUGGUCAGAUCCAUCCUGAGUGUGUUGACCAGGUAACAGAGGUACGAGGAUUCAGUGACCCACAGAAAGAGGAAUACUUCAGGAAGAGGAUCAGUGACCAGAGUGUGGCCAACAGAGUCAUCACACAUAUAAAGACAUCAAGAAGCCUCUACAUCAUGUGCCACAUACCAGCCUUCUGUUGGAUUGCAGCCACUGUUCUGGAAAGGAUGCUGGGUGAAGCAGAGAGUGGAGAGAUCCCCAAGACUCUGACUCAAAUGUUCACACAGUUCCUGAUCUUUCAGAUCAAACACAAAGACCAAAAGUACCAUGGAAAAUGUGACACUGAUCCUCGGCAGACUAGAGAGAUGAUUCUGGCUCUGGGAAAACUGGCUUUCCAACAGCUGGAGAAAGGCAACCUCAUCUUCUAUGAGGAAGACCUGAGAGAGUGUGGCAUUCAUGUCAGAGAAGUGUCUGUGUACUCAGGAGUCUGCACUCAGAUCUUCAGAGAGGAGUUAGGGCUGCGCCUGGGGAAGGUGUUCAGCUUUGUCCAUCUGAGUGUUCAGGAGUUUCUGGCUACUUUGUUUGUAUUUUUCUCCUUUAUUUCUCAGAACAGAAAUGUGCUGGAACAUCAAACACAUUCAAAAUCAACAGUGACUGAUUUUCUCAAGAGUGCAGUGGACAGAGCUUUACAGAGUGAGAAUGGACACCUGGACCUUUUUCUCCGUUUCCUCUUGGGUCUCUCACUGGAGUCCAAUCAGACUCUCUUACGAGGCCUGCUGACUCAGACAGGAAGCCCUUCUAACUGCAGAGAGGAAACAGUCGAGUACAUCAAGGAGAAGCUCAGGGAGAAUCUCUCUCCAGAGAAAUACAUCAACCUAUUCCACUGUCUGAAUGAACUGAAUGACCACUCUCUAGUGCAGGAAGUCCAGACAUACCUGAACAGAGGAAACUAUCACCGUCUAGAUGAAGUCCCCCUCUCUCCUGCUCAUUGGUCAGCUCUGGUAUUUGUGUUGUUGACCUCAGAGGAAGAGCUGGACGUAUUUGACCUGAGAAAAUAUGCCCCAUCAGAGGAAUGUUUUCUGAGGCUUCUGCCAGUUGUUACAGCAUCCAGAAAAGCUGUGCUGUCUCAGUGUCGUCUCUCAGAGAGAAGCUGUGCAGCUUUGGCCUCAGUUCUCAGCUCAAACUCCUCAAGUCUGAGAGAACUGGAUCUGAGUUAUAAUCGUCUGUGUGAUUCAGGAGUGACGCUGCUCUCUGCUGGACUGGAGGAUCAACACUGUAAACUGGAGACACUCAGUCUGUCUUGGUGUGAUCUCUCAGAGAGAAGCUGUGCAGCUCUGGCCUCAGUUCUCAGCUCAAACUCCUCAAGUCUGAGAGAACUGCAUCUGAGUGGAAAUAGUCUGUGUGAUUCAGGAGUGACGCUGUUCUCUGCUGGACUGGAGGAUCAACACUGUAAACUGGAGACACUCAGGCUGUCUGUGUGUCGUCUCUCAGAGAGAAGCUGUGCAGCUUUGGCCUCAGUUCUCAGAUCAAACUCCUCAAGUCUGAGAGAACUGGAUCUGAGUGUUAAUAGUCUGUGUGAUUCAGGAGUGACGCUGCUCUCUGCUGGACUGGAGGAUCAACACUGUAAACUGGAGACACUCAGGCUGUCUGGGUGUGGUCUCUCAGAGAGAAGCUGUGCAGCUUUGGCCUCAGUUCUCAGAUCAAACUCCUCAAGUCUGAGAGAACUGGAUCUGAGUGGAAAUAGUCUGUGUGAUUCAGGAGUGACGCUGCUCUCUGCUGGACUGGAGGAUCAACACUGUAAACUGGAGACACUCAGGCUGUCUGGGUGUGGUCUCUCAGAGAGAAGCUGUGCAGCUUUGGCCUCAGUUCUCAGAUCAAACUCCUCAAGUCUGAGAGAACUGGAUCUGAGUGAAAAUAGUCUGUGUGAUUCAGGAGUAAUGCUGCUCUCUGCUGGACUGGAGGAUCAACACUGUAAACUGGAGACACUCAGGCUGCGUUGGUGUGAUCUCUCAGAGAGAAGCUGUCCACCUUUGGCCUCAGUUCUCAGAUCAAACUCCUCAAGUCUGAGAGAACUGGAUCUGAGUGGAAAUAGUCUGUGUGAUUCAGGAGUGACGCUGCUCUCUGCUGGACUGGAGGAUCAACACUGUAAACUGGAGACACUCAGGCUGUCUCAGUGUCGUCUCUCAGAGAGAAGCUGUGCAGCUUUGGCCUCAGUUCUCAGCUCAAACACCUCAAGUCUGAGAGAACUGGAUCUGAGUGGAAAUAGUCUGUGUGAUUCAGGAGUGACGCUGCUCUCUGCUGGACUGGAGGAUCAACACUGUAAACUGGAGUCACUCAGGCUGUCUGGGUGUGGUCUCUCAGAGAGAAACUGUACAGCUUUGGCCUCAGUUCUCAGCUCAAACACCUCAAGUCUGAGAGAACUGGAUCUGAGUGGAAAUAGUCUGUGUGAUUCAGGAGUGACGCUGCUCUCUGCUGGACUGGAGGAUCAACAUUGUAAACUGGAGACACUCAGGCUGUCUGUGUGUCGUCUCUCAGAGAGAAGCUGUGCAGCUUUGGCCUCAGUUCUCAGAUCAAACUCCUCAAGUCUGAGAGAACUGGAUCUGAGUCAUAAUCGUCUGUGUGAUUCAGGAGUGACGCUGCUCUCUGCUGGACUGGAGGAUCAACACUGUAAACUGGAGACACUCAGGCUGUCUGAUUGUCGUCUCUCAGAGAGAAGCUGUGCAGCUUUGGCCUCAGUUCUCAGAUCAAACUCCUCAAGUCUGAGAGAACUGGAUCUGAGUGGAAAUAGUCUGUGUGAUUCAGGAGUGACGCUGCUCUCUGCUGGACUGGAGGAUCAACACUGUAAACUGGAGACACUCAGGCUGUCUGGGUGUCGUCUCUCAGAGAGAAGCUGUGCAGCUUUGGCCUCAGUUCUCAGAUCAAACUCCUCAAGUCUGAGAGAACUGGAUCUGAGUCAUAAUAGUCUGUGUGAUUCAGGAGUGACGCUGCUCUCUGCUGGACUGGAGGAUCAACACUGUAAACUGGAGACACUCAGGCUGUCUCGGUGUGAUUUCUCAGAGAGAAGCUGUGCAGCUUUGGCCUCAGUUCUCAGAUCAAACUCCUCAAGUCUGAGAGAACUGGAUCUGAGUUAUAAUAGUCUGUGUGAUUCAGGAGUGACGCUGCUCUCUGCUGGACUGGAGGAUCAACACUGUAAACUGGAGACACUCAGGCUGUCUGGGUGUCGUCUCUCAGAGAGAAGCUGUGCAGCUUUGGCCUCAGUUCUCAGCUCAAACUCCUCAAGUCUGAGAGAACUGGAUCUGAGUGAUAAUAGUCUGUGUGAUUCAGGAGUGACGCUGCUCUCUGCUGGACUGGAGGAUCAACACUGUAAACUGGAGACACUCAGGCUGUCUCGGUGUGAUCUCUCAGAGAGAAGCUGUGCAGCUUUGGCCUCAGUUCUCAGAUCAAACUCCUCAAGUCUGAGAGAACUGGAUCUGAGUGAUAAUAGUCUGUGUGAUUCAGGAGUGACGCUGCUCUCUGCUGGACUGGAGGAUCAACACUGUAAACUGGAGACACUCAGGCUGUCUCAGUGUCGUCUCUCAGAGAGAAGCUGUGCAGCUUUGGCCUCAGUUCUCAGCUCAAACUCCUCAAGUCUGAGAGAACUGGAUCUGAGUUAUAAUCGUCUGUGUGAUUCAGGAGUGACGCUGCUCUCUGCUGGACUGGAGGAUCAACACUGUAAACUGGAGACACUCAGUCUGUCUUGGUGUGAUCUCUCAGAGAGAAGCUGUGCAGCUCUGGCCUCAGUUCGCAGCUCAAACUCCUCAAGUCUGAGAGAACUGCAUCUGAGUGGAAAUAGUCUGUGUGAUUCAGGAGUGACGCUGUUCUCUGCUGGACUGGAGGAUCAACACUGUAAACUGGAGACACUCAGUCUGUCUCGGUGUCGUCUCUCAGAGAGAAGCUGUGCAGCUUUGGCCUCAGUUCUCAGCUCAAACUCCUCAAGUCUGAGAGAACUGGAUCUGAGUGGAAAUAGUCUGUGUGAUUCAGGAGUGACGCUGCUCUCUGCUGGGAAUCAACACUGUAAACUGGAGACACUCAGGCUGUCUGGGUGUCGUCUCUCAGAGAGAAGCUGUGCAGCUCUGGCCUCAGUUCUCAGCUCAAACUCCUCAAGUCUGAGAGAACUGGAUCUGAGUGGAAAUAGUCUGUGUGAUUCAGGAGUGACGCUGUUCUCUGCUGGGCUGGAGGAUCAACACUGUAAACUGGAGACACUCAGAUUAUGGGACUGCAGUAUUACAGAGAAAGGCUGUAUAGCUCUGGUUAAAGCUUUGAAAUUAAAUCCUUCACACUUGAGAAAGCUGGGUCUGGAUGACAAUGAACCAGGAGAGUCAGGAGUGAAGAUGCUUUCUGCUCUACUAGAAGAUCCUCACUAUAAACUGGAGAAACUACACAUCCUAAGACGAGCCGCCCAUUAACUGGUAGGAGCCUCUCACACUCAGAGUUUAUGAGCAGAGGACGACGUCUCAUAGAACCAGUCUUGGUGGUCAAGUUUGGUCUGUUGUUUUCCUGUAUAACAGUGGCUGCAGCUUGGACAGUACGUCUGUCAAACUCCUGAUAUUUGAGGACGACCCCACAUUGAUUAGCAGGACACAAGGUGCUUCUCCUCCUCCCAAAGCACCUGGGCUCAACAUCAACCCUCUCAAACCAGUGGAAACGUUGACAGACUUUCAUAAACUCACUCUAGAAAUCAAGACUUUUAGAUCUGCACUGUUUAAGCAGAUACAUAGUAUACGUGGUUGUAGUUUUCCUCCUCAUGGUCAGUUAUUCUGUAUUCAGUUUGAGUUUGAUAUGUACUUUAUGUUAUGCCUUUAAAUUAUUUUAUACAUUGUUUUUCUUCACUACACUUUAAUAAUAAAAUAAUAAAAUGAUAUCAUGUCUAUGGACAUGAUAUCAUCCUGAAAUCAUCA